CCCCCGCCCGGCACACGGACUCCUCGCCGCUCCGGCUGCAGCUCCCGCGCCCCCCUCCCGCCCGGACCCCGCUGCGAUGAGUCCCCGGCGCUGCUGAAGGAUGGUGGCGGCCAGGAGAGCGCCUGUGCCCCGGCUCGGAGCCCUCCUCCUGCCCGGGAUCGUCCUCGGAGCCUGCCUGCUGCGGCCCGGCGCCGGCAAACCAGAGGAGUCCUGUCCACGGAGCUUGGACUGCACGCUGCAGAGAAGGGCGUUCUGCCCCCCUGGUUCCCAUGUCUGUGGUCCCUGCCUCCCGCAGUUUGUGGAAGAUGAACACGGAAGAUGCGUCCAGAGGAAGUGGUCCUCCACUGGGAGAACUUCUGUUCCCAACCUAGAGGAAGAAAUCGACUUCUUAGCUGACGUGCUGGCCAGACAGGAUGCCGCUCGCCUCCAUCUGCUCCAGGAUGCCACCCAGGCCCCGUCAGGGAAGCAUCCUGAAGCCGCUGGGGCGAGAGGGGAGUCCCCCAAGAGGAACAGAGCGAGCCACAGGGCUGUGACAUCUCAUCCCACCACUGCCACCAAGACAGUGAAGAGUUCUCCAGUGGAGGUGUUCCAUGUCACUUCAAAUGACCUCCUGAUACUCGGGAUGAUCGUGGUGUUCUCGGUCGCCGGCAUCGUUGCUUUAAUCGUGGCUGCGAUCUGCUGGUGCAGGCUGCAGAAGGAAAUCAGACUAGCUCAGAAAACCGACUACCCAUCUCAGAAGCUACCCGGCCCCCUGCCAUACGACAAAGUCUCGCCUGGGGAUCAGACGCUGGCUCAGAGUGCCCAGAUGUAUCACUACCAACACCAGAAACAGCAGAUGCUCUCCAUGGAAAAGCAUAAAGAGGAGCCCAAACUGCCUGACUCGGCAUCCUCCGACGAGGAGAACGAAGACGGUGAUUUCACGGUGUACGAGUGCCCAGGGCUGGCUCCAACUGGAGAAAUGGAAGUGAAGAACCCCCUCUUUGACGACUCAACCUUACCCCCUCCGGGCCCCAAGUCACACCAGUAACCUCUCUCCCGCCCGAGCUCGCUACGGACCGGUAUGCAGAAUGCCAAAAACCGCCAGCACCUCGGCUCCUCCCGAGGGACUCCGGACGAGGCUGCCACUCAGUGCGCGGAUUCCCAGAAUCCACCGCCAGACUGUUAGACCCCGCUCAGUACACACCUGCCGACAGCUUUGGGGGGUCGCUCCCGGUUCCAGCUUCUCCUUGUUCUUUCUGUUGUGAUCUCGCUUGUUCCCUGCCCUGUGUUCCCUGUAUUCUUUCAGCUGCUGGGAGCUCUGGUUCCUCUGGAGAUGGGAGGGGGCAGCUGGUUGGCUGAGUGCUAGCGCAAGGGCUGGCAGUUUUGGGUUUGUUUUGUUUGUUACUUUGGGGGUCGGGGGAUACUAGUGGUACAGCGGGUGCAAAGGGGUCCUGGGAAGGGACCUCUAGAGGGGAUCAAGGAGUGAACAGCAAAGCAAGGGCCUUGCCUUCACUCCCCGGCACUCUGGCAAACAUCCCACCUGACCCUUGCAAACACCAGUGCUGCUAGCGGGAGCAGAAGUGACGCACAGUGGCCCACGCUGGCAGCCCACUGGAGCCCAGGGUGCACUAGUGCUUGCAGCCGAACUGGUGGGAAACUUUCCAAGAAAAGUCUAGUGUAGACCUGGCGAAAAGAGCCACGGUCCUUCCUCGUGGCUGGAUCCUACUGCGCCCCUCCACCAGAAAUCCUCUCCAGCCAAGAGACUAGAGAGCCCUUGGUGCCCAGGUUACAUGUCGUCCUGCCAAAAGUAGGAGCAAAAGGAGCCGUGGGUGGGAACUUAGUGGAAUGGGAACCAGCUCUCCCCGUAGCACAUUGUCCUCGAGCUGUGGAGUCAGCCCAGUCCAUGGCUUGGCCCAUCCCAGUGAGCAAACGGGGGGAUACCCCACCCCAAAUCACGCUUGAUAUCUGGCUUCCCAUUUGGGUGACUCUAGACUCGGUGCCUUUGUCUCGCUGUCCCUGGGAGUUGGGGUCUGAUACAGCAAGUUUGCCCUAUCACCGAAUUCUGCUGUGAUGCAGGUUUUAUAAUUCCAUGUUUGUAGCAUUUUCCAACGAGUAACUUGGCCAGGGCGCACACACCUUUCUGGCCAGCUUUUCUCUUUCGUUGUAUAAAACAGUUUGUCCAAUAAACCAGCUAUGCAGGUUUCUGAUGGUGGA